UGUUAACGUUCUACCUGCCAGGCAAAGCUUGGGGUUUGACAUGACAACCAGGAAGUAAUCUCUUGAAUAAAACUUUAUUGGCAAAAAUAAAUUCUCUGCUCUUCAAGAUGGAAGUUAACUCACGAAUUUCAUGUUUUACUUUUUUUUGCGCGCAAAUGUAAUUUUUUCUGUUCGAAUUUUUGUUUGUGCAUCGACGUUAUUGGCGAGCUAGCUGUUAGCAGUUACCACUAAGCUACCUUUUCACAAAAAGCGAGCGCUGUUCGUAUUAAUGUAAGUGUGACUUACAGAAUUAAUUAUAACCGGCAAACUGCAAAGGGUAGCUAAUUUUGAACCAGCUUGUUUACUAAUUCACUCUAUGUUUCAAUUAUAUGUAUUGCUAGUCGCCGAUGUAUGUAUAGAGCGACAUAGUUGUGGCACGUGAACGCCUCAUGGUGCAUUUGUGUCCUAGGUAGUGUGUAAGCAACCGCCUAGGAUAAAAUGCUUCUGCGGUCUCUUUGGGCUAAACUGGGCGCUCAGCAGCCAGCGGACAGGAAACCAGUCUACGUCUUUGCUUCAGCUUGUUUCCCUCACUCCAGUCAAGCAUACAAAUAUGAAUUUAAAGCCAGGACGUACUCAUGCUACGCUGGCCUGCAUAGGUGGACCUCAAACACACCUCAGGAACCUUCAAGGUGUGCUCUUUCUCGUGUUUUAAGAGGAUUUAAAAGUCCAGACAUGAACUUUUUCACAGACUUGGACUGCAGAAGUGAACAGACGCGUUUUUAUUCGUCAGAUCUUGUCAAGCCCGUCUUAAAACCCAGUUUGAAACAAGUGACAGGGCUUGGGAAGAGAGUUCCUAAAGGGCCGAGGACUAAACAACCGUCCAGGGCCAAUCAGCCCUCUCAGAAUGAAGACAUGGACAUGAUGCAGUGUAUUGCCUUUGCAACAGCAGACCAGUACAAUCUGCCGACGCUCAGCCUGGACCUGACAGGACACGGCUUCCACGAGGUGGAGUUUCCGCGAGUUCUUCACAUGUCAGACGCGUCCAAUGUGUUGGUGAUCAGCACUGAUGUGGCCUCCAGACCAGACGACAGGGCGCUCAUCUUCUUCUUCAGGGAAGGAUCGGUGGUUUUCUGGAACGUUGCAGACAAAAUGAUGAAAAAGGUGUUGAGGAUAUUGGAGCGUCAUGAAAGUCAGCCGUAUGAAGUGGCAUUGGUGCACUGGGAAAACGAAGAGAUCAACUACACCUUUGGAGAGGGAAACUCCAAAUUGGAGCGUGGGAACUUUGUAUUGUGUAACAACAUGGACCCACAUGAAGCCAUCUUGGAGAAAUUUGCAUUUUCCAAUGCUUUGUGUUUGUCAGUGAAGCUGGCCAUAUGGGAGGUGUCAUUAGAUAACUUUGUAGAGUCAAUUCAAUCUAUCCCUGAGACACUGAAGUCAGGCCAGAGAGUCAAGUUGUCGUCAGCAGAAGUGAUGCAGAAGAUUGGCGAGCUAUUCACUUUAAGACACUGUAUCAACCUGAGAUCCGACCUCCUCCUCACGCCCGACUUCUACUGGGACCGGGAGAACCUGGAGAAACUCUACGACAAGACCUGCCAGUUCCUCAGCAUCAACCGCAGGGUCAACGUAGUGAAUGAGAAGCUGGAGCAUUGCACUCAGCUGACUGACCUGAUGAGGAGCCACCUGAACGAGAAGCACAGCCUGAGGUUGGAGUGGAUGAUCGUCAUCCUCAUCACCAUUGAAGUUUUGUUUGAACUUGCAAAGAUGAUCUGAAUGGUCCAAGGAUGGCAGGGGACAUCUCUGCCGUGUCAUGCUGCACUCAGGAGGUAUUCCGGCUCAGAAUGUUUUGAGCAGAUGUUUUUUUAUAUAUAUAUAUAUAUAUAUAUAUAUAUAUAUAUAUAUAUAUAUAUAUAUAUAUAUAUAUAAACAAGUCUUGUUGACUCUGGACGAACAACAGUCACGGUAACAACACGAAAAUGACAGCAUGUGUAAUGGUUAAAUAAACAUACAGGGCAACUACUGCGACCAUGGGGAAUAAUAAGUCUGGCGUGUCAAAUAAACAAACACUGAUGGCUGGACUUUUUUUCUCUCUCGUUUAUUCUUCAGUAAAGGCCACAACAUUUGGCAUCAGCAUUUUGGAAAAAUAUGUGAAUGAAAUGCAGCUGAUGCAAUUAUGCAGAAUGCCUCCAGAAUGUGAGCUUUCAUCGUUCUGUGUGUAAUAUCAAAAAUAGUAAGUAAAUGUGUUCAUAUUCUAUAUUGUUGCUGCAUGUUUACAAUGUGCAAGGUCAUGUACAGCAGCAGGCUUAUUGCAUAUGGAUCCCAUAUGAAUAAAAAGAAAUGGUGGGGAAAAAAAAGGUUGUAUUGUGAACGUGUGCUGCAUAUUGUGAGAUCUAUGAAAAGUUUGUUUCUUUACCCCCCAUACAUUUUAACAUAAAAAUGUGAAGUGCUUCAUUCUGGACAGCAGUGGCUCAGGAGGGAGAGCAGGUCGUCCACACCAGAACGUUGUUGAUUCGAUGCCCGCUUCCGCCGUCCCGGUCGCUGCAGAGCUCACGACUGCAGCUAAAUAGUUGCAUUUUGCGACUAAAAUUUGAGACAUUGCAAGUGCGUUUUUCACCUACUCACGCAAGUGCGACCAAGUAAAGGUAUGCGUCCCGUAUUGACAGCUUAGUAGCACAGGCCAGGCCCAUCUGUGCCAGCGUGUGUGAUAGCUCACCUUUCCAUCUCAUUGGCGUUCCACUUUUCUGCCAUCUUUGUUUACACAUUUUGUUUGGAGCCAGCUAGCUACUUUUCUGCCUAGCAUCUGGUCUUCGGACUCCAAACGUCAUUUUUUUUUUUUUUUUUUUACCAUGGGGACAUUCUGUCUUUAAAACAAACAAGCAAUGCCGUUCAUUUGGAGCACAUUUUUGCCCCACAGGGAAGCUGCAAGUGGCUAUUACGUUAAUGGGGUACGUGCUGUCACUUAACAACCCUACUCUUUUGCUGUCAUAAUAAUAUUGUGUCUUCCAAACACUAGUUGUGUGUCUAAGUUGUUUAAUAUAAACACGUAGUGUGUCCAGCUUUAAGACAGUGAUGCUAUCACAGGGGUCUCCAACAGGUAGCCCGUGAGCUAGCCAGCUGAUGUUGAGUAGCUCACCAAAGACGAUUUGCUUGAACCCUGAAUUUAUACUUUAUAUUGUCCCGGGGCCCCUGUUUUGAAUACAACUAUUGUAUGUUUGAACUCACCAUAUGAUUAUAAAGAUUAAACUGUUAAGUGUGUGUUUCUCAAUAAUACAGUCAAAGUAAGAAGAAAUGUGAACAUUUACUUUGCAAGUUGAUUUCAGUGUGCACCCCUAUAUUUUCUGCUUGCGCUCCUAAAAUGGGGCCACUGUGCUGCUGGUAUAAAAAAAAAAAAAAAAAAAGUUAUUCUGGAACCCUGCACUGUUGUUGUGUCCGUGGACAAGACACUUCGCCCACCUUGCCUCCGGUGUUGCCCAUACUGGUGUAUGAAUGUGAAUGAAUAUUUGGUGGUGAUAGGAGAGACUGAUGAUUUGGCAGCCAUGUUCCUGUCAGGCUACCCCAGGGCAGCUGUGGUUACAGAUGUACAUUACUAAUUAUGUAGAUUGCAAGUUUACCAGUGUGUGACUGAAAUUGUAUUGUAGCAAAUGCCGCAGUCAGCUAUGUAAACAAAUAUGAUUCAAUAGACCAAAUGUUGUAAUGAGAAAUACAUAAGACUAUAAACUGACUUGUUGCUUGUUAGGACUUGUCAGUCAUACAAAUGGUUUUAAGCAGUGAUUCCAGUGACAAUGUAUUGAUAGUGAUCGUAAAGAAAAGCAUCAGUGAGAUGUCUUUUUCCUGCUUUUCCUUCCUUUUGAUCCUCCUUUGCAGCUUCAUGGACUUAAAAACUGGAUUGAAGACAAAAAAACACCAUAUUUGGUCAUUAGGCUCUUUGGGAAGCAUGCAUUUAAUAUGAUGGAAGCUUAAUAAUAAAAACGUACCCGUCCACUUAAUCCCACUCCAUGACUGUGGCGUUCUCUUCCCCCUCACUGUCUUGUGCCUCUGGCUCAGGGUUCGACGGGAUCUGGAACUCGUUGCAGCGCACUGCUUCUGGUUCUUGGGGGAUGUUGUUUUGGAGCGACUGCUCAGCUUCAGCGUCCUCCAGAAUGCCGAUGUCUUCCUCGGCAUCCAUCCAUACGUCCUGCUCGUUUCCCUCCUCUGCUUCUUUGACAGGGGCCUCUGAUAUUUGGCGGUGUGUGGAUGUUUCUUCUGCCGGUUGUGUGGUUUCUGUUGGUUUGAUGGCAGAAACCAUCUGGACUGGAGGAUAUUUGGUCUCUGUUGAAUCAGGCUCUGAGAUUUCUUUCAUGUGAACACCAACUUCAGGUAGCUUUGUCUGUCCAUGGCACUGGACUGGCUCUGGUUCCUGUUGCAGAACAUGUCCCCCUGUCUGUCUCUCGCUCUUUGAUGUCUUUUCUUGCAAUACAAGCGGAACAGGUUCCUCAAAUAGCUCGGCCUGAUUCUCCUUAACUUGAUCUGUUUGGGCUUGUGGUUUCUGACCAACUUCCUUCUGCUGUUCUGUCUUUUUGUAGCUGUCAACUAGACCUGUUUUGAAUAUGGCCUCUUCUGGUUCUAGAACAUGUUCUUUAAGUAUUUCUGUGUCUUUCCCCCUCCCAACUGCAUCUGUUAGGGAUAACGGCUCAUCUCCUUCUUGUUUCUGAACGUGUUCUUCAGCUAGGUCUGCCUGUAUGUGGCUCUCCAUUGGAUGUGUUUGGGAUGUGGAUUCUUCUACUUCUGGAUCCUGUACAAGUCCCUGCGGUAGCACUGUAGGUUUUUUGCUGUCAACUGUGUCUGUUUUGGAUAAGCAUUCCUCAAUUUUUGGUUCCUGAACAUGUUCCUCCUUUACCUCUGCCAGUUUCUCGCUCAUGACUGGUUCUGUUCGGCAUAAGGACUCUUCCAGUUCUUCGACAUGUUCUUUAGGUAGUUCUGUUUGUUUCUGGCUCGCAAAUGGACUUUCUUCGGAUAUGGACUCAUCUGUUUGUGGUGCCUUAACAUGUCCCUCUGUUAGCACUUUUGUUUUUUGGCUCUCAAAUGGAUCUGUAGUACAUAGAAUCUUUUCUGCUUCUGGUUCCUGAACAUGUUCUUUGGUUAGCUCUGUCUGUUUCUGGUUCUGAACUGUGUCAUUUUGGGAUAAUGGCUUUUCAGUUUGUUUUGCUUGAACAGGCGCUUCAAUUUGUUGUACUGCCUUUUCAUGAAUGUUGGCUGUAUCUGUUUGCAACAUGGAGUCUUCUGCUUCUGCUACCUGCACAUGUUCAUCAAGUAGCACUGUCUGUUCCUGGCUGUCUACUGAAUCUUUUGCAGAUGAAGACUCUUUAGUUUCUGGGGCCUGGACCGCUACCUCGGGUUUCUCUGCCUGUUCAUAAUUAUUCCCAUAAUCUAUUCGUGAUACGGCCUCUCCUGUUUCUGGUACGUGAACAUGUUCAGUUAGUGCAGUCUGUUUGUAGCUUGGUGACAAGGACUUAUCCAGUUCUUGGGCCUGAACAGCUUCCUCAGUUAGCUCUGUCUUUUUGGGGUAUAUUUGGGCUAAAUGUUCCUCUAUGUUUGUUCCCAGAGCGUCUUCCUUGGGUAGUUCUGUCUGUUUGUGGCACUCAUUUGUUUGCUCUCCAGUUCCUGGCGCCUGUUUUUGUUCAGGACUAACUCCUGUAUCUACUUGGGGCACUUCUGUUGCUGGGACCUGAACAACUUCCAUGGUUACUUCUUUUUGGUUAUCAACUGGAUCUAGUUGGGAUAGGGUUUCUUCCACUACUGAUCCCUGAACACUUUGAUCAGUUACUUCUCUAUCUUUUUCAAUUUUAACUGUGUCUAUUUGGGAUGAGGGCUCUUCUACUACUGUGGCCAGAAGAACAUCCUCUGUUUUUUUGUUUUGUUUUUGACUAUCAAAUUGAUCUAUCUGGGUUAAGGGUUUUUUCUCUACUGGGUGUUGAGCAAUGUCCGCAGUUUUGUCUUUCGUUUGUUGGUUAUCAACUUGGUCUGUUUGGGAUAAAGGUUCCUCUUCUACUGGGACUUGAACCACUUUGUGAGUUAAAUUUGUCUCAAUUUGGCUAUCAACCGUAUCUAUCUGGGAUAAGGGUUCUUCUUCUACUGGUGCACGUUCUUCAGUCAUUUCGAACUCUUCAUGACUAUCCACUAGAUCCAUGUGCUCUUCCACUACCGGUCUUUGAGAAACUUCUUUUGUAGGCUCUGUGUCGUUUUGGCUAUCAGCUGAGUAUAUUUGAGACAUAUGUUCCUCAGUUUGCGUUGUUGUUUCAUCUGUUUCCUCAUCCUCAGACACAACUAGUCGUUGUUCUUCCUUUGUCCCUACUGUAGUUGGUAUGGAAGUUAGUGCGUUUUCCUGCUCAGGCAAAGAAAGAUAUGUGGGUACUGCAGGAUCACUGAGUGAUAGCGUUUGGCUUUGGAAUGUUUCUGCUGCCGUGGUGUCCAUAUCAUCCUCAUUUGCAGGCAGCUCUGCCGAUGGGAACGUUGCGCCCUCUGUCACUUCAGUUUUUUCCAGGUCAUCCCUGUUUUUUUUCUCUUGAUGCACAGACACAUGUGAACUUUGUGGGAUAUACUCUUGAGACGCUUCUGCCAAAUUCUCACUUUGGCCAGCAUGCUCCCAGUCUGGUACUUCUUUGAAAACCUCUUCCCCCAACUUGUCAAUUACAGAUUCUUGUAAUGUCUCAGGUUGUGUCCUCUUCACAUGUUCAACAACCUCUUGAAGGAUCACCACAUUUUCCUCAUUAGAUACUUUCUCAACUUCCAAAAAUGCUGAAACAUUUUCAACAUUCUCAACACUUCUGUGACACACAUUGAUGACUUCUUUGUCUUCUUUUACCCCGACCUCCAGCGUUGAAUUGUGUAUCCUCUCGGCUGAUGUGACGUCAACAUUGACAACUUGUACCUGAAUUCUGUGAUUGUCCUUGAUCAGUGUCACUGGCACAUGCAUCAUCAUCACCUCAUUCUCCACCUGUGCUGUCUCUGGCAUGUUGUUUUUCAUUAGCUGGGUUUCAGGCACAGCUGUUUCAUCUGACUCGUUUACCGAUGAGCUUGUGAGGGGUUCUUGUUCAACUGAUGGUUUUUCAACUAAAGCAGUGAUUGAAGCAGAGACCUCUUUAAGGUGACAUCUUGUUACUUGCAUAACCAAAGCGUGCACAUCUGCAGCAGUCCUCCCCUCUGCCUGUAUAAAAUCACGUUUUUCUUCCUCAAUUCUAGUUCCCAUAUCAUUUAGGUGCACCUCAAGAUCUCCACAAAAUGCUGGAAUAUCUUUGUAAAUAACCUGUUCAGAUAUCUGAGCAGAACUUGUUUCUCUAUUGUUUAAACAUACACGUUCAGCUGCAAAUGUGUCUAACUCCUCUGUGAUAUCUGGUGUGUGGAAUUCUUCCUUCUCCUCCAGGACAUCUUGUGGGAAGUUCUCAGUGUUAGUUUCUGGUUUUUGAGCCUCCACUUCACCAAAAGUCCGAUUCAGUUGGGGUUUGAGUUGCUCUCUCUUGGAAGCCUUUUCAUUCUCUGUCUCUGUUCUUUGAAUUUCUUCUACCAAAGUUUCCUUUUCAGGUUUUUCCUCAGUGGUUGCUAUAAAUUCUUGUCCAGACAAAGCCUUCUCCUCCUGUUCCACUCUUUCUGUCUCAACUGCAGUGUCUUCUUCGUCAUGUGAUACAUCUUGCUCUUGAAUGGGAUUGCUUUUUGCAUCUUUAACUUGCGGUUCUUCUGUUUCAGCAUUGAAGUUCAUUGUUGUUGUCUUCCCUGCCAGAAUACCUUCUGCCAUAUCAUCUCUUUGCACUGAUUGGACGUAAUUGUCCUUUGAUUCCGGAGCAGUUCUGGUCUCUGGCUCUGAACUGUUUUCGGGUCGAGGCUCAAGUUCCUUUUUGAGUUCAGCUAUAGUAGGUUCCUCGGCAAGAACAUCAUCUGUUAUUUCUUCUGAUUUAAGCACUUCGACUUCCUCUGAUUGUAAGACUUCAACUUGUACUGCUUCUGGAGUAAAGUCAGUUUGAAAUCUAUCCACUGCUUCCUGGUCUUGGUCCUCUGGUUCAACAUUAUUUUCUGUCCCUGGCACAGUCCCCUCAACUGAAAGAAUUUUCUCUUUAGUAAUGCUUUCUGAUGGUUCUUCUUCCACUUCUGCGACAGCUUGCCCAUGCGUAACUUCAGUUUUGGCUACAACCUCUUCUUUCUGUUCUUCACUAUCUGGUUCAACGUUGACAGUCGCCUCCUCCUCCUCUUUGGGUUCUUUCAUCAUUGUUUGUUCUGCAAAAUUGGCUUCUUCAGAUUUAAGUAAUGUGAAAUCGAUUUCAUCAGAGUCUGUCUGUGUUGAUAGUACUUCAGAUGCUAUAUCUUUCACGUUGUCCAUUUUGGAUGCAUGCUCUUCUUCUAGAGGACCCUUCUCCUCUUUUAGUUCUUCUGCCAUCCUCUUCUCUGGAUGAGUGUCCUCUGAUACUUGUUUGUCUUCAAUGAAAGGUACAUUAGCUUCAUCUGUGUCUUCUACAGCUUCACAUACUUCCUGCUCUUGAAUAAGUUGAAUUGUGGCUGCAGCCAACACAUUCUUGUUUUCCUUUAUUAGCUCCACACUGAACUCAGUCAGAUGCAAAGUUCUGUGUUGGACUUCACUUUUCACAGUUUCUUCUACUACCCUACCUUCUGAUAUUUGUUCUGCGUUAACUGAUUGGACAUCAUCUUCAUUCACUUCUGCUUCUGCCACUUCUACCUCUUUCACAAGUUCAGUCUGGGAUUCAUUCGCUGCCUGAUAGUUUUCUUCUGGCUCAGUUUUAGUUUCAGACAUUGAUACAGUCUCUUGUUUGGGUUCUUCUGUCAGAUGUUCUUCUGCAAGAAUGUCUUCUGAUACUACCUUGUGGUCAAUGGCUUGGACAUCAACUUCAACUGAUUCAAAUUGUAUUUCGUCUUCUGCGUCUAAUACCCAUUUUUCCCGGAUACGUUCAAAUUCAGGUGCAUCUGUUGCUUUAGUAUCUUUGCCUUGUACCGCAACGUUGUCUUCAGCUAGCGGCACUGUGUCCUCGUUGUGGUUUUCGCUUGUGGUUAUUUCAAAAAAUAUUGCUUUUAAUUCUUGCGAUUGAAUUGCUUGGACAUUUGUGUCAUCUGGUUCUAUCUCUGUUGCUUCCAUAUCUUCUGGCAGCUGUAUCUCUUGACUAAUUUCAUUUUUUGAUGCAUUCACUGCUUCCUGAUCUUGGGCCUCUGGUUCAACAUUCAUUUCUGUCACUGAUACAGUCUUCUCGACUGAACCAGUUCCCUCAGUAAUGUCAUCUGAUAUUUCUUCUUCCUCUUCCACAACAAGUUGUUCUUGUGUAAGUUCAGUUUUGACUACAUCCACAUCUCUGUCUUUCACAAUUUCAUUUUUGGAUGCAUCCCCUUCCUCCAGUAGCUCCUUCUCCUCUUGUAGUUCUUCCUCCAUCUGCCUCUCUGGAUGUGUGUCAUCUGAUACUUCUUUGUCUUCAGUGAAAGGCACAUCAGCUUCAAUUACUUCCUGUUCUUGAAUAAGUUGAGUUGUGGCUGCAUCCACCGCAUUUUUGUCUUCCUUUAUAAGCUCCACACUCAACUCAUUCAGAUGCAAAGUUCGGGCUUGGACUUCACCUGUUACAGUUUCUUCUGCAAACUUGCCUUCUGAUAUUUGUUUAGCUUUAACUGAUUGGACAUAAUCUUCAUUCACUUCAGCUUCUGCUGCUUCUACCUCUUUCACAAGUUCAGUUUGAGAUUCAUCUGCUGCCUGAAGGUCUUCUCGCUCAGAAUUAGUUUCAGACGUGGAUACAGUCUCCUCCUUGGGUUCUUCAGUCAGAAGUUCUUCUGCAAGAAUGUCUUCUGAUACUGCUUUGUCGUCAAUGGCUUUGACAUCAACUUCACCUGAUUUAAAUUUAAAUCUGAUUCCUCUAAUUGCUUGGACAUUUGCAUCAUCUGGUUCCAACUCUGUUGCUUCCACAUCUUUUGGCAGCUCUAUCUCUUGACUAAUUUCAUUUUUGAAUGCAUUCACUGCUUCCUGAUCGUGAGCCUCUGGUUCGACAUUAAUUUCUGUCACUGAAACAGUUUUCUCGACUGAAUCUGUUCCUUCUUCAGUCACGCCAUCUGAUAUUUCUUCAUCCUCUUCAGCAACAAGUUGUUCUCGUGUAAGUUCAGUUUUGACUACAUCCACAUCUCUGUCUUUCACAAUUUCAUUUUUGGAUGCAUCCCCUUCCUCCAGUAGCUCCUUCUCCUCUUGUAGUUCUUCUUCCAUCUGCUUCUCUGGAUGUGUGUCAUCUGAUACUUCUUUGUCUUCAAUGAAAGGUACAUCAGCUUCAAUUACUUCCUGUUCUUGAAUAAGUUGAGUUGUGGCUGCAUCCACCGCAUUUUUGUCUUCCUUUAUAAGCUCCACACUCAACUCAUUCAGAUGCAAAGUUCGGGUUUGGACUUCACCUGUUACAGUUUCUACUGCAAACUUGCCUUCUGAUAUUUGUUCAGCUUUAACUGAUUGGACAUAAUCUUCAUUCACUUCAGCUUCUGCUGCUUCUACCUCUUUCACAAGUUCAGUUUGAGAUUCAUCUGCUGCCUGAAGGUCUUCUCGCUCAGAAUUAGUUUCAGACGUGGAUACAGUCUCCUCCUUGGGUUCUUCAGUCAGAAGUUCUUCUGCAAGAAUGUCUUCUGAUACUGCUUUGUCGUCAAUGGCUUUGACAUCAACUUCACCUGAUUUAAAUCUGAUUCCUCUAAUUGCUUGGACAUUUGCAUCAUCUGGUUCUAACUCUGUUGCUUCCACAUCUUUUGGCAGCUCUAUCUCUUGACUAAUUUCAUUUUUGAAUGCAUUCACUGCUUCCUGAUCGUGAGCCUCUGGUUCGACAUUAAUUUCUGUCACUGAAACAGUUUUCUCGACUGAAUCUGUUCCCUCUUCAGUAACGCCAUCUGAUAUUUCUUCAUCCUCUUCAGCAACAAGUUGUUCUCGUGUAAGUUCACUUUGGACUACAAACACUAUUUUCUGGUCUUUACUUUCAGGUUCAACAUUGACAGUUGGAGGCACCUCCUCCUCUUUGGGUUCCUUCAUCUUUGUUUCUUCAGCAAAGAUGGCUUCUUCAAAUUUAAGUAAUUGGUCAUUGAUUUUAUCUGAUUCUCUCUGUGUUGAUAGUGCUUCAGCAUCUGUGUCUUUCACAAUUUCCUUUUUAGAUGCGUGCCCUUCCCCCAGAGGCCCAUUCUCCUCUUGUAGUUCUUUUGCCAUUGCCUUCUCUUGAUGAGUGCCGUCUGCUACAUCUUUGUCUUCAAUAAAAUGUGCAUCAGCUUCAUCUGUGUCUUCUACGGCUUCAAUUAUUUCCUCUCCUUGAAUAAGUUCAGUUGUAGCUGCAUCCACCGUAUUUUUGUGCUCCUUUAUAAGCUCCACACUGAACUCAGUCAUAUGCAAAGUUCUAUUUUGGACUUUCACAGUUUCUUCUGCAAACAUACCUUCUGAUAUUUGUUCAGCGUUAACUGAUUGGACAUCAUCGUUAUUCACCUCAACUUCUGCUACUUCUACCUCUUUCACAAGUUCAGUUUGGGAUUCAUUCGCUGCCUGAUGGUCUUCUGGCUCAGCUUUAGUUUCAGACAUGGAUACAGUCUCCUCUUUGGGUUCUUCAGUCAGAUGUUCUUCUGCAAGAAUGUCUUCUGAUACUACUUUGUGGUCAAUGGCUUGGACAUCAACUUCACCUGAUUUAAAUUGUGCUUCCUGUGCUGCUUCUAAUAUCCGUUUUUCACAGAUAAGUUCAAAUUCAGGUGCAUCUGUUGCUGUCGUGUCUUUGUCUUCUACCUCAGCGUUGACUUCAGCUAGUGGCACGGUGUCCUCGUUGAGGUUUUCACCUGCGGUUUCUUCAAAAAAUAUUGUUUUUGAUGCUUGCUCUGAUUUAAUUGCUUGGACAUUUGCAUUAUCUGGUUCUGACACUGUUGCUUCCACAUCUUCUGGCAGCUCAAUCCUUUGAUUAAUUUCAUUUUUGGAUGCAUUCACUGCUUUCUCAUCUUGGCCCUCUGGUUUUGCAUUCAUUUCAUCAACUUCACGUGAUUCAAAUUGUGUUUCCUGUUCUUCUUCAAAUACAUUUUGUUCCUGAAUAAGUUCAAUUUCAGGUGCUUUGAUGUCUUUGUCUUCUAGCCCAAUGUUGUCUUCAGUUAACGGCACGGUGUCCAAAUUGAGGUCUUCUCUGUCUGUUUCUUCUGAAAGAGUUGUUUUUGAUUCAUCUUGUGAUUUAAUUGCCAGGACGUUUUCAUCAUCUGAUUCCACCUCUGUUGCUUCCACAUCUUCUGGUGGCGCUGUCAGUUGACAGUUUUCAUUUUUGGAUGCAUUCACUUCUUCCUGGUCUUGGUUGUCAGAUUCAGCAUUCAUUUUUGUCACUUGUACAGUCUUCUCAACUGAAAGAGUUCCCUCUUCAGUGAUGUCAUCUGAUAUUUCCUCUUUCUCUGCAUCUUCAUUGUUUUCUAACGCAGCACAGACUUCAGGCAUAGGCUUUGUUGUCUCUUUGAGGUCACUUGCAACUGGAAUUAGUUCAUCGUCAACUAGUUGAACACCACACGUCUCUGAGCUUCCACUAUCAGAAGCAGAAUCCAUGACAGGUAAAAGUUCUGUUGGUGGCUUUGGUUCCUCUGUUGCUUCCUGAAGGUCUUCUGAUGUUGCUUUGACUUCAAGUAGCUGAGUAACAUCUAGUAGAGUGUCUUGUUCUGCAUCUGGUUCAUUUAGUUUGCAACUAGGAGAUGUUUUCUGUUCUGGUUUUUCACCUGACUGGACACUCAUUUCAGGCAAAUCUUUUGUGUCUCCUUCGAGAUCUGCCAAUCUUUGCAGCUCCUCGUCCAACAAAGGAGGAUGAUCCUCAUCUUGCAAUUGAUCAGUACUCUCCAGCAAAGAUUGCGCAUCCUGGUCAACUGCUUCAUAUUUGCUUUCAGCUUCUGGAGUCACCGCUAUGGAGACUUCUGUUUUAUUUCCAACGAUGACAACAUUAUCUGUGGUCAUUUCUUGACUUUCAGACAACAGAUCUGAAGAUGUGUUGGCAUCACUCAGGCAGGCUUCAUAAUCAUGGACCUCAUUAUAACCGUCCACUUGGUUUAGAAUGAUUGCCUCUUUCAUUUCAUCUACUAUCAUUUUUGUGGUGUCCAGCUCCUCUUUUGGAAUCUGAGUUGUAGUUUCUGUGGAGCAGGCUUCUAUGACUUCAGAUAUGCGCGUCAUUGCUGCUGUUUCAUCCAUUUCAUUGGCAAUUACAGCAUCACAAUCGUCAACUUCCAAGGUUUUGGUCUCCUCUUGGACAAACGUUUCAAGUAUUUGAUCAGAGGCAGAACUAAUCAAUGGAACUACCGCUGGUGUUGCGGAGAUGGUUUCAACCACGUGCUUCAGAAGUCCUUCUGUUUCCUUGACUUGGCAUGCAGCAGGGACCGGUGUCUUGUUGCCUGAUGUAUUUGAAGACUCCAACACCUGGGAGAGUGUGGACAUCAUCUCACUUUCAUCGGCAAGGGUAGUAGCAUCUGUAGGCUGCGGUGCGGUAAUGGCCUCAGAUGUCAGCUCUUCUGCUGUGGUGUUUUCUCUGGGAAGGUCAUGGGUGGCUGUCGCAGCAGUGGCCGUGGUCUCUGUCAUCUCGCUUUCCUCUGGAAUAUCACAGAGUUCUUUGCUGAUAAACAUUGUAAGGUCGGCAGGGACUUCAUUUGUUCGUGCCACAUUUUCUGAAAUGUGUUGGACUUUGGCAUCUACAGUCUGCAGGUUAUCCAAAGGUUGACCUGGUUCUGUGUGCAUGUUUUGGUUGGGUUCACUGGGUAUUUGACUCUCAACAUCUGUCUCUUUUGCUUUAACAUCCGUCUCAACUGUGUCAAAUUCAGAAAACAGAACAACAGCAAGAGCCUCCGAUUCUACAUCACCAAGAAUUAGGUCCUGAUUGGCUUCAAGGGGAGAUGCUCCCUGGACUUCCUUUGUGACAGACUUUCUCUUUUUGUGGCCUGGGAACAUCUUUGCUGAAAAAAAUAAGUUUUCUUGAGUGCCGUCACUGACAUUUCCCUCCUCACACUUGGGUUUCCUUUUUGGGCUUAGGAGUCUUUUAAAGGCAUUCCAUGGAGACUCAUCAUCACACUCCGUGGGGCUUCCGGCUCGUUUGGGGGCAGGGGCUGGAAUCUCACUAGUGUUGUUACUGAUUUCUGUUACUUCCACACCAUUUCUUAAUUUAUCAAUGUGAUCACUUGUAGGUGUUUCUUCAUCGGAGUCUGACAGUCUGUGACUUCUCCUCCUAGAGCCACAAAGAAUAGCAUCCCAGGAAACAACGGAAUCUUUGCGCUUUUUGCUCUCUUCCACACUGUGUAGUAUCUCCUCCUCCUUUAGGAUCAAGGUUUUUGUGUCUUUGUUGUUCAAGAGAGAUCGGUUCAAACGAUUCUUUGGAGAUAACAGUUUCUUAAAUGUGGCCCAUGCACUCUCUUCCUCCUCCUCUGUCACCUCUGCAGGACUUUCAUUUUUAGGAUUCAUGGGCAAAUCCAUUAAUGACGAAAGCUGGUCCAACUCACCGUGUGGUCGUGCUUUACAGUCUCCAUCAUCAUUUGGUUUUUCAUCUUUUUGUUUUCCGGAGAGUUUCAUCAAACUAGAGCCAAACAGGAGUUUCUUCAGAGGACUGGCUAGAACAUUCUCUGUCUCUUGAGACAUUUCAGGUUCACCGACCAAAAUGGUUGAUGGAAUUUCUUCCUGGUUGUCUUUUGCAGCAUCAGUGCAUGGGCUCUCAUGUGCUUCAGUGUCAUCUUGUCGGUCUGGUGCAGUUUCUUCUGCUUCCUGUUGAACCAGCUCUCUGAUAGUGAUCUCGUCUUCCUCUGACAAACUCUUUUUCCGCAUUCCGGAAAAGAAUCCUGUAGUGAAAUACCUUUUAAUUGGAGACAUGGGCAUGUUCUCUUUGGUGGUAGAUGCCGGAGGGUGUUCAGACGUGGUCUCUAAGUGUGUCCAUUCAUGUUCAACGUCAGGUUUGUCUGCUUCUUUGGUCUCCAUGUCUUCUAGUACUUCCCCUGUUGGUCUCGGUGUCGGACACGGUGAAUCACUUUCCUGUGUUGGAGUUUGCUCGGUUCUGCCGCUGUCAGAAGCGUCCUCGACCUCAGGUUUCUCAGUGUCGGCCUCAGGGACAUCUCUUAACUCGGCUCGGUCACUCGAGCUUUGCUUCUUUGUGAACAUCAAACCAAAUUUACUGAAGAAGUUCUUAAAGGUCUCACCGAUGCCGUCAUGCUUUUCUUCCAUUUCACUGUCUUUUUGGUCAGCCUUUGUGCUUGAUUCAGGCACUGUUAUAUUUCCUAACAGCAUCUCCACCUCUUUAGGAGGCUUUUGUGAAACCUCCUCCACUUGAGAAAGAAUGGCUGACGCUGAGAAGAGAGUUGCAUUUCAUCACACAAUGAUUUAUUGGUUGGGAAUCAAGUUAGUGCGUUACCACGAGUAGACAGCUCUAGUACCUUGUGGAGUGAUGCUAUCCGCAUAAAGGCUGUCCGCUUCCAUUAAAGGCCCGCCUGGAUUUCCGCUGAGCUGCGCAUCGUUUUUGAGAAGCUGCAACGAAAAUCCAAAAUGCGAAUGAAGAAAUGAGAAUAGGAAAACACACCCUGUUGGUACCGAAAUCAAAUCUUUUUGCUGAACUGUAAAACAUGCAACUGUGGAUUUUAAAGCUUAUUUUAUGACAAAGAUGUUUUUACAUGCAACAAGUUUGUGAUGUUAUCCAAGCAGGGCUCAUAUUAUGAGCAUAAAUGCUGCACGCUUUAUUUACCCAAACUGCAAAGAGAACAGGGCGUUAAUAGGAAGCAGGUGGUAGUUGAAUAUUGAAAAUAUUGCAAUAUACAAUACAAACUUACCUUGAUGUUUUGGAGUGCGUGAGAAAGUGGAAAAAGUACCAAUAAGCAAAAAGCAACCGGUUUGCUUACCGGCCUGGGAUAGGAGUGGACGACGCAGUGAUCUACCUGCUGCACAGAUCACUGCUACACCUGGAGGACAGCGGGAGCGCUGUGAGGGUCGUAUUUUUUGACUUCUCCAGUGCCUUUAACACCAUCCAGCCGUCACUACUCAGAGUGAAGAUUGAGAGUGUGGGAGUAGACCAACAACUGACUGCUUGGUUUAUAGACUACCUCACCAACAGACCACAGUAUGUGAGGCUCCGUCACUGUGUGUCUGACAUGGUACUCUGCAGCACAGGUGCCCCUCAGGGUACGGUGCUCUCACCUUUCCUCUUCACCCUCUACACCUCUGACUUCACACCCAACUCCACACAGUGUCACAUCCAGAAGUUCUCCGACGACACAGCCAUUGUGGGUUGUGUUUCAGAGGGGAAUGAUCUGGAAUACAGGACGGUCAUCAGGGACUUUGUCAGCUGGAGUGAGCUUAACCAGCUACAACUCAACACCAGCAAGACAAAGGAGAUGAUCAUUAACUUCCAGAGGAAAACAUCUCACUUCACACCAGUGAACAUCCAGGGAGCGGACAUAGAGUUGGUAGACAGCUACAAAUUCCUGGGUGUUCACCUUAACAACAAACUGGACUGGUCCGUCAACACCCACGCCCUCUACAAGAAGGGCCAGAGUCGCCUCCACCUGCUGAGGAGACUGAGGUCCUUUGGUGUGUGCAGGACUCUUUUACGGACCUUUUAUGACUCUGUGGUGGCCUCAGCCAUCUUCUAUGCUGUGGUCUGCUGGAGAGGGGGCAGCACAGACAGGGACAGGAGCAGGAUCAAUAGACUGAUCAGGAGAGCGAGCUCUGUCCUGGACGGUCCUCUGGACUCCGUGGAGGAAGUGGGGGAGAGAAGGAUGUUGGCUAAGCUGACAUCCAUCAUGGACAACACCUCUCACCCGCUACAUGAUACUGUGGGUUCCCUUAGCAGCUCCUUCAGCAGCAGACUGUUACACCCACGAUAUAAGAAGGAGAGGUUCCACAGGUCCUUCAUACCGACCGCUGUCAGGCUCUACAACACCUGAACCAUUUUGUAUUCACUAUGUCACUAUGCAUUCUUUACUUGUGUAUCUUGCUUGCUGCUGUAAUCUUUGAUUUCCCUGCUGUGGGAUUAAUAAAGUACUACUACUACUACUACUAAUACUUUGACCACACGGUCAUGUAUUAAUUAGCAUGGAAAAAAUGAUUAGCUCACCCUUGUUUUUUCAGUUUUUUGUUCAUUUUAGUGUAGUAGAACUAAAGUAUAACUAGUAUAACUAAAGGUCCAUUUGUUUUGACCAGGGGUGUCCAAAGUUUUUUCAGUGAGGGCCACAUACUGAGAAAUGAAAGUAUGUUGGAUGGACUGACUCCAUGUCCUUCCCAUCCCGCUCAAGCUUGACCAAGUCGGCCUUAAACAUGGCACCCACCUCGUGGUGGUGUAGCAAACAGACACAAGGUGUGUUCAGGGACAUUGGGUCAUUACACAAUUUUUUUUUUUUUUUGGCAAAGAUCCCCGCAACUCACUGAAAACUGCAGUGGAUCGCGACCCACCCCUGCUUCAGACUAAGAUUUUUUUCUCUCAGUAUUUUCACUUUAUUCUUGUCAAAUUGUCAGUAAUUUAAAAUUUUGCAACCUAAUCUUCCAAAAAUGUUUUUCUUAACAUUAUUAUUUGUAUUAUUAUUAUUAUUUUAUUUUCGUAAUUAUGGAUUUAUUCUUGUAACAUAACUUUUUUUUUUUGCAACCAAAUUUCCCCUCAAAAAUGUCCACUAUAGUAUUUUUCAAAAACAAAAUAAAAAAAACAAAAAAAACCAAAAAGCAAAACAUCUUUCUUGAAUAUUUGUACUUGAUGCUACUAAAAUGAUGUUAUUUUGCCUCAUAAUAUUACAUUAUUCUCAGAAUUACAACUUUUUCCUGUGAGAUAAACAUUUUUUUCUCUUAAUAUUUUGACUUUAUUCUUGUAAAAUUACUGCUGAAUUUUCAGUUUAUUCUGAUGUCGUAAUUUGAUUUGAUUUUAUUUUCUAUUAUGUUUUUAGAAUGUGCUGCGGGCCAAUGCAAAAACAGCCACAAAUGGUGGGCCACAAAUGGCCUCCCAGGCCGCGCUUCGGACACCCCUAAUUUGAACAACUACAAUGAUGCCAAUAAGAGUUACAUUUUUAGGCAGUACAAUGCUACAGCUGUUCCUUUUAAGAACUUAAGUGAUUUUGGUUAUUAUUAAGAAAAGCAUGGGCAUCGGUGGAUAUCAGUUCUUU